AUGGUCACAUCACCUUUGCAUAUGGAAGAGAUCAAUAGGGCACCGCUGGAUGUGCUGUCGCUUCACGCUGUUGCGAAGGAUUUUUUGCAACCUAAAUCUACAAUGCAUGGUUUCGAGUGGAAAGAUGUCAGGGGGGUUGAAGGCAUAGGAUUUGUCCGAGCCCUACGCACUAUCCUAACCUCACAACUCCCUAAGAUAUUACCAGAUCUAGACAAUGCCAUUGCGAACCACAUACACUUGGAGCUAAAACGAUACCAACCUAACAAAGCCGAGGACCCCGAAUUCUACGACGCAGCUUAUAAUUUUCCCCAGGACUCUGCAUUUGCUGCAGAAAUUCUGAGGGUUCUUCCCAAGCCUUUUGCUCAGUUCAUUGCUAGCUGGUUCACUCGGAACUAUCGUUCCUCAGGAUCAUUGCAUCGCCUCCUCUCCGCCGAGAUUAAAAAGCGGACUAACGCGUGUAAAGGAGAUGAUCAGCCUCCCCCGAGCGACGGGCUACAAUGGCUCAUCGAAACAGCACCCAAGAAAUGUCCCUGGAGUACGGAUCGUCUCGUCGGCGAGGUGAUGGGAGUAUGGUAUGGAUCAGUGCACACCUUAUCCAUAGCAGCAACUUUUGCACUGCUAGAUUUAUACUCGCAUCCAGAAUGCGUUGAUCCGCUUCGCGAGGAAGUUAAAAAUUUGGAUUUUAGCAGCUUAACGGGCGCUGGUGACGAUCUCCCGCUCCUGGACAGUUUUCUCAGCGAAUCAGCUCGAUUAAACGCCUUUGAAAGCAGUAAGCCAUGA